AUGAAAGAAGCCUCCUGGGUUCCGGCAGCUUUGACUGCCGUCACUGGCUGCACCGGUUAUGCUGCAAUGUGCUGGGCUUUGGACUUUCUGACACCACUUCCUGAUCUCGAAUCAGUGAUGGUGGCCCUGCUGAUCCAUGAAGCCUGGGUGACGUUUCAGCAUGCAAAUGUGCUCUUCAACCCGUUUUGCCAGCAACUGGAUCGGCGCUAUGGAGUUUCGAUGCUGCGAAAGGGACAGCACUGGGUGAUUGCAAGCGUACUGGUGAUGUACUGGUGCAGAGAGGUUUUUAGCAUGCUCUUCUGUUUGCCAUACAUCUCCCUGCACGCACAAGUCGCGGUUUUCGUCUCUGUAGCCUAUCACACGGUGAAGAUGCUCAGCAUCUGCAAAGACGCACAAAGGUGUUGGUCCCCAACCUUGGGCAUAAUGAAACUGCUGAUCGACCAUUGGCAUUUCCAAAGCCUCCGCACUCAAAUGGUGAGCCUUUUGCGUAUGGCACUGCAGGGCUAUGACACCUUCACCCAUGUUCUCGUUGUGCGCGAUCUCAUCAAUGGGCUGGGUGGAGAGGGUGUGCUGUUUUUGCACAUCACCUUCUGCCUGUGGCUGCUUCAUGCAGUGAUGAACCAAAUAUCUCAGAAGAGCACAGCCACUUUGGUCGUAGAAACUUGGCGCCACAUGCUUGGCUUUGCACGCCCCAAGUCUGAGGAGAAAGUUCUGACCGCUGACCCGGUGGAGACAUGUGUUGUCUGCGAUUUACUGCAUCACCGAGCAGGAAAGUUUUGGAAAGAUGCCGCGCAGAGGAAGAGAAGUCAGAGCGGAGGGUGCCCGAGUCAAAGGGCGUCGCCUGGACUUAGUAGACAACUUAUGGCUGCGAUCUUCACUUUGCAAAUCGGAUCUACGAUGUAUUCAAUGCUGCUCUUUAUUUUGGGUGGCUUGCAACUGGGCACUCCGCUCAGUUCUGCUUCAAUUUCACUCAUCUUCUUUUUGCAUGAAGGAUGGGUGAUGCUCCAACAUGCCAAUGUCUUGCUGAACCCCUUCUGCCAACAUCUUGAUCGAAAUUAUGGAGUCUCUCUACUUCAGAGUGGCCAGCACUGGGUCAUUGCUGGUGUUCUCGUGAUGUACUGGUCGCGUGAAGUGCUCAGCAUGCUUUUCUGCCUCACCUCUGUCACUUACAGGACUCAGGUUGCAAUCCUGGUCUCAUCUACCUACCACUUGGUGAAGAUGUACAGUAUUUGUGUGGAUGCGCAGAGGCGCUCGUCUCCAACCCUGGGAAUUAUGAGGCUGCUGAUUGAUCAUUGGCACAACGAAACCCUGGCGCAGCUGGCCGUCAGUGCUCUCCGAAUCUUUCUGCAAGGCGGUGAUACUUUCACUCACGUGCUGAUUGUGAAAGACAUGCUUGGCGACCCUGGUGACGGACGGCUUCGAUAUUUGCAUCUUCUGUUUGUAGUUUGGAUUGCCCAUGCGGCUCUAAAUCAAGCAACCCAGAAGAGCACCGCUACUCUUGUGGUUGAAGCGUGGCGCAAGGUGUAUAGACCGGUGGUGCACGACAGUGGCGGUACCUCCCAAACUUGUCGCGUUUGCAGCCUAUUGAGCGAGAAAGGUCCAAACAGCACCAGGGAAACCGGUGCGAAGAAGAAGGAUGAAAAUGUUUCCGUGGAUUUAGUGUUCCUCUCGCAUCCUGCAUAUCCAAGUUCUUUGUUCAGCCUUUGGUGGCCAAGCGCUGUAAGCGCCGGUGGCUGGAAGGCAGCCUGGUGGAUGCAGUUGGUUGCACCACCUUUAUCACUUCUCAUACCAAUCCUAUGGCCAUGGCUGCGGAAUGGGGAGUGUAUGGAAGUGGCAGAGGACAUCGAAUAUUCAGGCAUCCGGAUGCAGAAUUGGGUCCUGUCCAACUUCGGCUAUCAAUACGUCCUAUGGCCCUUCCGAAGACUUGUAGAAGAACGCAUUGUCAAGACCGCCAGGCUGGCAGAGCACCGGAAAGUGUCUGUCCUUUGCCUUGGAGCUUUGAACAAGGCCGAAUGGAUGAACAAUGGUGGCUUGGGCCUGCUCGUGGGUUCCACCAGCAAGAUGCGGAUCGUUCAUGGCAACACCUUGACAGCCGCAGCUGUGGUGGAAACUGCCAAAGCGCUGUUUGGGGAUGCCUGCGAAGUGUUUGUCACAGGCGCUUCCAGCAAAGUUGGAACGGCCGUGGUCUUGAGCUUGCUGCAAAAUGGCUUCGAAGUCCUGGCGCACUCCAGUGACUCCAACCGAUCCAAAAAGCUGCUGGCCAAGUGCCGCUCCUUCGAUCCGCAGGUGGCUGGAAGGAUACGGGUGACCACUUCGCUGGUGAAAGGAGUGCAUGUGCGGCAUUGGGUGGUGGGAAAGAGUGACCGGAAGGUGCUGAACUACGUGCCACAAGGAGCGAAGGCUGUAGUCUUUAGCGUGCCCAAUCCCUUCGAGUCAGGGCGACGCGAUGUUUUAGUGCUCCCAGGGGGGAUUCUCCACAUGGAUCUGACGAAGCUGUCCAAGCCCAGACAAUUUUCAAAUUUGCUGGAAGACCAUGAAAUCUAUGCUUGCCAUGCAGCUGGCGUUGUUGCAGCUGCAAAUCCAAACUGGCUUGACGAGCUGGGCGAAGUACGCUUGGAAGAUAUGUCAGUGCAGUGGAAGGCCGCUCUGAAGAUGGGCUUCUCACUGCCAGAGAUCCCCAGUCAAGCAGAACACUCAAGCAGACGAUCUCCUUCCAGUCCUGCAGUCAUUGUUGUGGGGGGCGGCCCAUCGGGCUUGGCAGCAGCUGCUGCCCUGGUGCAAAAAGGUGAGGAUGUGGUGGUUCUGGAGCGGCAGAAGAGCAUCCAGGGAGGCUGGUGUCAACACUUUGAUGGCCUCACUAUCACCACCAGGGCAUCGACAUGUGGUUUGCCUGACUUCCCUGUGAAGCUGUUCACCUGCAACGAUGAACUCAAGGGAACUGAGUAUGUGGAUUACCUGGUGGCCUAUGCAGCCAGAUUUGCUCUGGAUGUGAGAUGUAACAUGGAGGUGGUGCAGAUCAAAGAGCACGGCGGACGGUGGAUGGUUUCCGUCAGACAUCCUGACGGACAGGCCACAUUAACGUGUGACGAGCUGGUCGUAGCUACUGGGAAAAAUGCCAUUCCCAGGAUGCCCCGUUGCUACGACCGGCUGGAUUUGCAAACUGCUCCGAUCAUCCAUUCAUCCCAAUUGCAGGGGCAUCGCUUUCAGCAAGCUGUCUCUGCAGCUGCUGGGCAGCUCCUGGUCGUUGGCUUUGGAAAUUCAGCCGCGGAUAUUUGCAGCUUGAUCCUUCGUCAAGCUCCCUCUGGCAGCGUGCAUGUUUCUAUGCGUCGACUGCCUCCAAUCGUGAGGAGACAGUGGGGCCCCUUUCGGUUGGAAUGGUUCGCCAAACUUUUCUCACUCGCAUGUGACAAAAAUGGUGACCGCCUGACCCAUUGGUUGAUGUACAUGAUCGAGGGUGACAUGCAAAAGCUGUUUCCAGAUCUUGACACUUGGGGCGCUAGAAAGGAGAGACAUAUUCCAACAGUAGAUCGUGAUGGCUCUCUCUUGAGGCAUGUGCGCGAGGAGCGCAUAGUCCCACAUCAAGACAUUGAAAAGAUUGAACUGUGCAAACACAGUGAAGAUCCAUCGGAGACUAAGGUGGAAGUGAAGUUUGCUGGAGAAUCGGAUGUUCAUUCUUUCGAUUUUGUCAUCCUUUGCACUGGAUAUGAGUCAAGCCUUGAAGCUCAGUCGUGCUUAUCGACUGCUGAAGUGCUGGGCCGUGCUCAUUUUGUUGGCCUGGGGCCCGAACCGAAAGAUCUUCUACCGUUGGUCGGCAUUGGGCGUGAAGCCCGGACCGUUGCUACACAGAUCUCAGACUUGCUACAUCUCAAGCGGUCGCUGCUAUCGGACUUCGUCCUGAGGCACAUCCUUCGCAGUGACCAUAUCUGUGUGAUGCGUUGCGGCCUGGAGGUGGAUCGUGUUUUGCUCUUGCAAGCUUCGGCAGUAUGUGGAGAGGCUGCUCCAGACAUCCUGGAUCCCGGAGGUGUAGUGGCGGCAGAGUCGGGGUUUGGGGCCCUGCAGUGCAGACAAGAUCCGAAUGCUGGAGCGGAGCUGCUUGAACGCAAGAUGGUGUGCGGCGGUGUCAAUUCUUUGGGCGCAGUUCGUACCUACUCUUUGGGUACCUAUCGAAUUUGUGUUUGCGGAUCUUUCAAUCAAUAUGAUUGUUCAGAUCCGUCCCACUACUGGACACCAGCUGGUGAUGCGUUUCAGGUCUUGAUGCGCUCCACGGCACCGGGGGCGGCUCCCAGUGUUCCUCCACUUUCACUUCUAUCCGCAGAAAGCCCUGCCACAGCAGCUUGCUUUGCACCCACCCCACUGGGAUCGCAGAGGAGGCUUGCAGCUGGAUAUGAGGAUGGCGUAGUGCGCAUUUGGCGUCCGGCAGCGCCAAGGAUUGAUGCGGAGUUGGUGGGUCACCUGGAUCACGUGCAGGCCCUGGCCUGGUCUCCUGAUGGCAUGUGGUUGGCAUCAGCAGGUCUGGAUGGUAGCCUGCGCAUUUGGAACGUAGGAAUUCCGCAACACCCAUGCCCAAAUUGGGAACCAGUUUGGGCCAGACCUGGUGGAAACAUGCCGGACUUUGAUUGGCAGAACGUUAUCCUUGGACACUUGCUCUCCAUGGACCCUCUCAACAUCACAGAGGAGCCAUUUGUAAACUUUGCUGAGAGCCUUUCCAGCGUUGAUUUGGCCGACAUAGGUCAUUUGACCCUGAAGCGAGCUGCGCGGCAAUGCGAAAAGGCAUGCGGCAAUUUCCGUGAGAUGGCAGCAGAAUUCUGUGAGUGCAAACCGCAGUUCUCACGUUGUGCUGCGCAUCGCAAAGUUGUUCCUACACGGCAACAGACUGUACGCUGUGGCAAUGGACUGGGGCUUUGGUGCAUUGCUGGGCAUCAGGCAGCUCUCGGCGGGCCGAACUUCGAACUUCCCAAUGGAUGUGCCAAGCAGUGGGAGGUGGGGGUUAGCCCACGGCAAUGCAAGGUGUGUCGGCUCCAAAACGCCCUGGAAGUUUGCAAGAGCUGGAUGCAUGCUGAUCGUGAAGCCUGGAAAGCUGGGAGCUUGGAGCGACACCCCCCGGAACAGUGCCGUGUUCUCAAGGUUUCCGCUCUGCUUGAGGUCCUGGUGAUCCAUGACAAUGAGAGGUCCCAAAUCCGAUUGCAGCGAGCAGAAAGUCAUGGAGUUCCGCAUCCUCCGCAUCCCUUGAGCAUUCUUCGAUGUUUGGGCGUGCUCUGCUGCAAAGUUUGCAGAGGUUUGUGGAUCAAUCAGCAGCCUGGUGAGGAGAUUCCACUGGCGGCGAUUGAGAGCCUGUCGCUUGGGCUUCAGCAGAUCGCCUGCAAAAAUGUCAUGUCAAGGUUGCCCGGCUUCUUGGCCGAAGCGGGUGAACCAGCUACUUGUCACAGCGGAGUUGAACAGGUGAAGAAUGUUGAUCUUUCAAACAGCAAGAUAAGAGACAUGGACGGGACAUGCAAAGAUCAUAACUUGUCCAAAAUAGUCAAGGUAUUGGAUGUCUUCUACUACCAUGAGUUGGCCGAUAGCUGGCUUCGUUGUCCUCCACAUAUUGACCCCGGCUUGGUCACUCUCGUAGUGGCAGACCAGGAAGGCCUUGAAGCCCAGGAUGGAAAGAAUUGGGUGCCUCUGGGGCCUGCAGGUGCCUUUGCCUUGGCAGGGGCAGAGUGGGCGUAUUUUGCCUCGAUCGACUCGAAUGUGGACUCCAACUGUCCAAAGUGUCAGCCAUGUAUGCACCGUGUGAGAGUCAAGGAGAGAACUUGCCGUGCGAGUGCUGCUCUGGAAUUUCGUUUGAAUUCGCAGAGCCGUGAACUUGUCCAAAACGGGGCCUUGAAGUGCAGAACCGUUGAACCGGCAGAACUGGCAUCAAAAGUUUCACUGCACGUCAUGGCGGUGCUAUCAGUGGCCUUUUCCGUGGGAAUAGGCUCGGGUGUGGUGCUGGCAACGGGCGGUGACGACGACCUCAUUGGAUGGUUUGAGCUGACCACAAUUCUGUCUUCAGGACCUGAUUGCAAUUCAGAGCACAAGGAAAGUCUUGGAGUGUUGAAGCUGCAAAAUCUAUCUCGCAGCCGUUUGGCCUUUUACUCAGGGACACAUUUGGAAGGCCAAACCAAGUCUUAA